AUGGAUGAUACAAGCGAAGACGUUUCUAUGCGGCGUCACCGCCAUCAUCAUCAUCACUUUCGUCUUGGCCACCACCCCCGCCGUCGGCAUGGCCACGAAAAUCAUCAUCACCAUCAUCAUCGUCACUGGUCAUUCCGCGGCGUUGCUGGGCCUGUAGGGAAAAGUGGUGACUCUUCGGAUGGUCCCCCGCCAAUCCGUAACAAGAUGGCUCGCCUCUCCGCCUAUCCACGUCUUCGGCCUCUCAAUAUGACGGCAUUUUCCGUUUUGCAAGUUUCUCCUGUCCCGAAGUUACCUGACUCGACUCUAGGUGAUGAGCAGGCCGAUGCCGCCUGGAUGGAUCGUGACUCGGCAAUCGAAAUUGUCAAUCGCUCUAAGUGA